AGGGUCACAAUCCACAAGAGCUUCCACAAUGGAUCCAACUCAUCCUCUAGCUAUCCACAAUCGCCUUAUUCAAGUCCCUUCCAGUCUCGUGAUGUCAUUGGUGGUGGAGGAGAAGCAUCUGCUGGUAGGAAAAACGGAACAUCUACGCAAUUCCCAGAUUGGUUUGGAAGUAUUCAAAAUCCUCGAAUGAUCGUCAAACAUCUGGAUGAAUAUGUCAUUGGACAGGAGAAGGCUAAAAAAAUUCUUGCAGUAGCUGUUUACAAUCAUUACUCGCGUGUCAAUGAGAAUCUACGUCAGCACCAUAUCCAAGAAACGGCAGCAGCUAUGGCCAACAACCCACCACUUUCCACGAAUAUGUAUUAUGGCUCCAGUGUCUUAAUGAGCGACGGACCCAGCACACCUGAUCCUAUCAUUGAGCCGUAUAACCCUCCAUCGCCACCUACUUCACCAUCCUCGUCCUCGUCUUCGCCCUCAUCUUCAGGAUCAGACUCGAGCUCUUCCUCGAAGGAAACUAACUCCGGUUCCUCUAGCGGCACUAACUCCAACAGUAAUAAUAGCGAGGCACAUGUGCCCGGUAGACAGGCUAUUCACUAUCCACAUCGGCAGCCCUGGAUCAAUACGGCAACCAAUGGACAUGGACAUGGUCAGAACCCUCCAUCAAUGUUUUCGCAACCAUACGAUACAUACCAGAAACCACCAUCACCACCUCAUACUCAGCAAUCGCCCUUGGCGCGUAAGGGUGUAGAAACACAAACAAAGACACCACCUACUAUUUUUGACAAGAGCAACGUCCUGUUGCUAGGACCCACUGGGUCAGGAAAAACCUUGCUGGCGCGAACAUUGGCUAAAGUUCUUAAUGUUCCCUUCUCUAUGUCUGAUGCUACACCAUUCACGCAGGCUGGAUAUGUGGGCGAAGAUGUGGAGAUGGUCAUUCAUCGACUGUUACAGAACUGCGAUUAUAAUAUCAAAAAGGCGGAGUGUGGAAUUGUUUUUAUUGAUGAAAUUGAUAAAAUCGCAAAACGACCUGAUACUAUGUCAAUUUCCAAGGAUGUUUCAGGCGAAGGUGUCCAGCAGGCUUUGCUAAGGAUGUUGGAAGGUACUGUCGUCAAUGUUACAGAAAAGAAUGGCUCGAGCUGGAAUGGAUCAAGUAUGGGUCGUAAGAAUGGUUUGCCUGGCAUUGGAGGGCCAAAUUCAGGAGGAGGAGGACCUGGAGCCAAGGGUGAGAUUUACUCUGUGGACACGAGCAAUAUUCUUUUCAUCUUGAGUGGAGCAUUCAUUGGGCUUGAAAAGAUCGUCAUGGACCGUGUAUCAAAGGGCUCAAUUGGUUUUGAUGCCAAUGUGCGGGCACCAUCAUCCGAAUUGAGCUCGUCAAAAGGGGCCGCAACCCAUGUGAGCAAACUUUUGGACCAAGUAGAUCCUGCAGAUUUGAUUAAGUUUGGUCUUAUCCCUGAAUUUAUUGGGCGUCUGCCUGUGGUUGCAUCUGUUAAUCACUUGGAUGAAGCUGCCUUGGUGCGCAUCUUGACAGAACCUCGCAACUCUCUUGUGAAGCAGUACCAAGGGCUAUUUGGGUUGGCUGAUGUAAAAAUCCAUUUCUCGCAAUCUGCACUACACUCCAUUGCUGCGCAGGCCAUUGAGAAACAAACUGGCGCCCGUGGUCUGCGUCGGAUUAUGGAAUCAAUGUUGCUUGAUAUGAUGUAUGAGGCUCCAGACUCUUCGAUCAAGCAUAUCGUGAUUAACAAGGAGGUUGUUUUGGGCAAGAAACCUGCGUUAUGUUUUGGAAGGGGUGCUGAAAGCACAGUCACUGAGGCCUUGGACCGAGAUGAUGAGGAAUUUGGUUUCAGACACCCACAGAUCCAGGAAACUCCAGCUGCUGUUGCAGGCCAAAGUCAAGAUGACGAGCCUGCAGCCGCCGAAGCAGUGUCGGUGUAAUUAGAGUGCUUGAAGAGGAAAGGGAGCCAAGCAAAGCUCAGGCAUUCACUGGAAUUGGGUUAUGGUU